AUGGCGCUCCCACUCAUCGCCCGUCUCCUCCUCUUGCUGUCCUCAAUUCUUCUCAUCAUCGCAUCCCCUACGCCGGUUACAGCCCCCACCGUAAAACUUCCAUACGGUACAUUCAGCGGCGCCUACAGCUCCACCUACAACCUCACCUACUACCGCAAGAUCCCCUUCGCCGCCUCAACAGCAGGCAAAAACCGCUUCCGCGCGCCCCAGCCUCCAGCAACAGUCACCAAUGGCACCUACAACACAGAUCAAGCGUUUGACAUGUGUCCCCAGCGCACCGUCAAUGGAUCAGAGGAUUGCUUGUACCUCGGCGUCUACUCGCGGCCCUGGACGCCAUCCAACAAAGGAUCCAGGCAAGGACUCCGCCCAGUGCUACUGACAUUCUACGGCGGCGGCUUCAUCCAAGGCAGCGCGUCUUUCUCCAUCCCGCCCUCCGGCUUUCCAGUCUUGAACGUCUCCCAGCAGAACGACUACGUAGUCGUGUACAGCAACUACCGCACCAACGUCUUCGGUUUCCUAUCGGGCAAGAAAAUCGCACAGCACAGAGACACAGACCUAAACACCGCUUUACUAGAUCAGCGAGCAGCACUGGAGUGGAUACAAAAGAAUAUCAAGGCUUUCGGCGGCGAUCCCAGAAACGUUACGAUCUGGGGACAGAGCGCAGGUGGAGGCAGCGUCGUCGCUCAAACCAUCGCAACCGGCAACCGCGGGAAGAACCUCUUCCAAAAAGCAAUGAGCAGCUCCCCCUAUUGGCCCAAAACAUACCGCUAUGACAGCUCCGAAAACGAAGCGCUUUACACAGCCGUAGUGAAGGGUGUAGGUUGCGCCGGCGUCCAGGACGAAAUCUCCUGCCUCAAGACCGUAGACGUCCAGACGCUCCGCGACGUGAGUCUGAACCUGUCGACAAGCCACCAGUACACGACCAGCAGCUUCACAUGGGGUCCCGUAAUCGACGACGCGUUUCUCACCACCCCGCUCACUACCGCGAUAAAGCACAAAGCGCUUAACGCAGAGCUCCUACUGACGAGCUACAACCUGCACGAAGGCGAGAACUUCAUCCCUCCAGGUCUGAACAGUGCCUCGGGCUCAGGAGGUUUCAACUCCAGCACCGCCGGCUUCAAUGCCUGGCUCGCCGGAUAUCUUCCCGGUCUCCGCGGGGCUGACAUCCAGAAACUGAAGAUGUUGUAUCCGGAGAACGGGACCGCUGAGGAAAUUACCUGGAACACAUCGUACACGCGCGCCGGCCUCAUCUACCGGGACCUCCAACUCGCUUGUCCCGCAUACUGGCUCUCUGUCUCCGCCCGCAAGGGCUCUCUGAUGGAAUAUACCAUUUCGCCUGCGAAGCACGCGUCGGACACGAUAUACUGGAACCAGGUGAAUGCGGUGCAGACGUCUGAUCCGCUGACGUAUGACGCCUACGCUGGGGCUAUGGCAUCCUUUGUGCAAACCGGAGACCCGAACGCGCAUAAAGUGACAAAUAGCAGUGUAGUCGGAGUGCCGUCUCUAAAGGACGGGAAGCAGUUCGUAGUUCGCAGCGGCGAGAUAGCCAACGGCAAUGUGGAUCAGUUAGAAAAGAGGUGCGCAUUCUGGCUUUCGGUCGGGGAUAGGAUACCGAUAUGA